AUGAAAUACCUUUAUAGUUUGUCCUUGGUGAAACUCAUAGGUCUGUACCAAAUUUUGGAUCCAGAAACUGUUCGCAUUUAUGGAUACAACGCAUAUCAUGUGGGAAUUGUGUUGUCAUGUCUGUUUAUUUCAGCAAUAUGUGUGCCGUCCCCGUUAGGAUUAUAUCAUUGGUCCAACGACUUGAACGCGUUCGUAUUUUACUUUGGGUGUGUAGGGAACUUUAUGUUAACCGUGUUCAAAAUGAUCAAUAUCGUGUACUAUUCAGAAGACAUACGUAAAUGCAUCGAAAUCGCCAGAUUUGGAUUCAUGUCGUCGUACCAACACUACAAUAUGGAAAUAUUCAAAAAAUGGCAGAAAUGGUUAACGAGUGUCACUUUUGUGUAUGUCUUGAUAGUUCCUCCUUUAAUAGUGGUGUGGUUAAUAAGCCCAUGGGUGCUCAAUAAAACCAUGGUCAAAAUAAAAAACGUUGAAGGCUCGUACAGUGAAUACCGAAUGAACAUUUACAAUAUGUAUCUGAUGGUGACCCCACAGACGUAUAACGAAUACUACAUCCUACUUUACGCCAUUGAAGCCGUUUUGCAGGUCGCUUUCAUUUAUUUUCAGAUAGUAUUUGAUAUAAUUUUGGUCAUCAUAUGUUCCGCUUUAUCCUGUCAACUGGAGACAAUUUGUGAUGCAGUCCAAACGCUAGGGCAUGACAUGUGUCUGAUCUGUAACGACGACGGUAUGUACGUAAUACAUACUAAACUACUAGUAUAUUAUGUUUUUGUUCAAUAUAGGGGGAUAAUAUCGAUGUAUUAAGCAAUUAAAUAAGAUAGCCAAAUCUACUAGUUAUGGGCACGAGUAAAGGCAAUACGGGUGCCAAUUGACCUAAGAAAUCCGUAUAGACUCACCUGAAUUAGCUAAAUUCUAGACUGCACUCGUGAGAGCGUUGACGCAGAUGAAUCGAAAAGGGCCCUAGGACAAUUAGAAAACUAUGUCCUCUAUAUAAUAAUAUAAUCUUUAUAGAAAUUCGUAAUAUACCCACAGGUAACACAUUUUAUGUAAUAAUAAACAGAUAAUUAAUAAAUAAACAUAUUAAUUGGAAAUCCAGUUUGCUAUAUACUUUGUUAUACCACACAAAUUAUAGCUAUAUGUACGGUGAACACUGUUCAUUGUAUAUUAUUGUAUGUAUUUUAAAUCUGUUUGAAUACUGAUUGUGACUGGAAUUACCACAUUAAAUUUAAAACAUGCAUCAUUAAAUAUAUACGAGUUUCUAAUUAUUUUAAGGGAGCAAUUUCAUAAUUAUUCGAGGCCCCCUGUGCUCUGGGGCCCCGGCGCAAUUUGCCCUAUGAUAAAUACGCCAAUGUGUGAGAGAAAGCCGAGUUAAGAAAUUACUACGAUUUAAUACUCUUAAGAAUGAUGUAUAAUUCAAUUUGAACCGGUAAAAUGUAUGUUGUUUAAAUUUUAAGCGUAAAUAAAUUAACAUGGUUCGUAGCAAUACGUGAGAAGGACAUGAAAACGUAUUCACAGUAUUUUAUAACUAAUGUUAUUGCGUUUCUUAUUUACAUAGAUAUGGAAAAAAAUGUUAUGAGAUCAAAAGCCAGACAUAAAGAGGCAAAUGGUUUAAUAAACAUAAUUACUGACCACCAGAGUGUAAUAAAGUGAGUUAUUGGUCUUAAUAAAUAUUUUACGAACAUUAAUUUUGUAUUUCACGUAUCGAUAUUUCAUAUUUUUUUUUUACAUACUAAACUGUGCAGUAUUUGUAUUAUUAUUUUUUUAUUUUUCUACAGGAAAUUGAACGAUUUUUACAAUAUUUUCCGUGCUAUGAUUUUGCUACAGAUAUUGAUGACUUCCAAUACACAUAUACAAAUUUGGUUCAUCGCUGCAAUGGUAUGUAAUAUAAUUAAAACGAUCUAUGAAUCUUUGAUUCUUACAAGUAGUAUUCAAAGCGGAAAAAAAAAUAUGAGAGACUAUGAGACUUAAAAACAAAAUCGGUAUUGCUUGCAAAUAAUGAAAUUGACCUGACUCUUAGAGGUUUCUCUUCCACGUGUCCGUUGCACUACUUCUUUAAUAUUAUUCGAUGUUUAUUAGUUAAUAUAAAACAAAUAAUAAUAUACAUAAUCCUUACUAACCUUAUGCUUACAUAUUUAGUAUAAAUAUUAACACUGAUUAUAAAUAUUUUAUUUACAUUUAUGUUAAUUUUUAUACACCAAGCUUAGGUAGAGUUGAAGCUUUUUAAUUCUAUACUAAAAUCCAAAUUUGUCCGCCAAAAAAUGUAUAGUCGGUAAGGAAAAGUGCUGCUUUUUAUUUUGUAUAACUAACAGUUUUUAUUAAAAUAUAAAAAAUAUUGAUAACGAAUCACAAUAUACAUUGCGUCGUUGAUCCAUCAACAGUGCGUAUUUCAGAUUUUGAAGGUUUACAGAAGUAAAAAAACAACACAAAUUUCACAAAAAAUAUCAAAGUAUAGCAGCAAUGAGGUGGUAAUAAAUGACAUAAAUUGAGAUAGAUGUUGUCAUCAUACCUUGAGAUAAUCGUUUUUUUUUUUUUUAUGAAUAACAGUUUAACCAUUAAUAUGACAGAAAAUUACUUAGAAUACAAAUUGUCAGCUAUAGCUUAAUUAUUAAUAUUCAUAAUAAACUCAUGAUUUAUUGUUAUUUAUACAGUAGAAACUAAAUUAUAAUGUAUUCUUUAAUCUUAUUAUUAAGUUUAACAUAUAUGUUAUCAUAUAAGAGCAUAAAUAUCAGAAUUUACAAUAACAAUGAUUACAAAUUACCACUGAACAAUAAAAACAAUAAAAAAUUAAUAUUAACUAUUGUUGUUGAUGAAACGUAUUUGUUAAUUGUAUAAUCACAGAUUGGUGUUCAGUGCGUUGAUAAAUGAUCAAUACCUAAAAAUUCGAAUUUAUAUUCUAACAUGAGUUGUUUAUAUGUUUUCAGAAUGUCAUGGUCUCUGGAGAUGGAACGGGGAAUUCGAUACUUUCCAUGAAGCUGUUAAGUGCCCUCCCCAUGUUUACAUUUCAAUUAUUCAUGACCUGUUAUCUGUUCGGGACUAUAAACGAAAAAGUGAUAAUGAUUUUUUCUUUCUUAAAGUAUUUUUUAUAGAACUACGUUCAAAUUCAAUAUAUAUCCAACAGUGUAAUUAAUUAUUAGAUUUAUGUGAUUAUAAUAUGAUAAAAUAGUAAACAAAUUAUACAUUUUUAAAAAUAGUGUAGCGUAGUUAUUAAUCGGGUAUCAUAUGCUACCGCUCUCUAUCCCAUAAUGACGCCACGAUAUAAACAAUAAUAAGGGUAUAUAACGUAUCGAUUUUUAUUGAUUUGCAGAAGGACUCUAUAAUUUUCGCGUUAUACAGCAGUAAUUGGACAGAAAUGGAUGUGGAAACUAGAAAGCAGAUUAUGUUUGCGAUGAAAAUGAAUAACACUAAUAAUUCAAAAAUGAAAUUUACCUUAACCAAAAUCGUUAAUUUGGAAAUGUUUACUAGCGUACGUAAUUGA